AGCUAUGGUUUCUUGGCAGGGCCGGCCAGCUACGCCCAUUUCACCUUCGACGCCACAAUGUUCCGGCCAGAGGCCGAGUACGACUACAUCGUUGUGGGCGGCGGCACCGCCGGGUGUCCCCUCGCUGCCACGCUCUCGGAGGGCCACCGCGUCCUCCUCCUCGAGCGCGGCGGCGCUCCCCAGGAGUUCCCUUCACUAAUGAGCCAAGAAGGGUUCCUCCGGACCCUGGUGGAAACCGACGCCCCCGAUUCCCCUGCUCACGCCUUCACCUCCGAGGACGGCGUCCCCAACGCCCGGGGCCGGGUCCUCGGCGGCAGCAGCGCCAUCAACGCCGGCUUCUACAGCCGCGCCCACCGCGGCUUCUUCGAGAGCUCCCCCGCCCUCGACUGGGACAUGGCGCUGGUGAACGAGUCCUACGAGUGGGUCGAGAGGGCGGUGACGUUCCGGCCGGUGCUCCGGAGCUGGCAGUCAGCCGUCCGCGACGGGCUUCUGGAGGCCAACGUCACGCCGUACAACGGCUUCACCGUCCACCACGUCGCCGGCACCAAGAUCGGCGCCUCCACCUUCGACUCCUCCGGCCGCCGCCACAGCGCCGCCGAUCUCCUUGGCUUCGCCAACCCUAACAAUAUCCGGGUGGCCCUCCGCGCCAGCGUCGAACGGAUCUUGCUCAACUCCCCCCUCCCCGGCUCCCGGCGGCGGAACCAGCACGCGGCGAUCGGAGUGGUGUACCUGGACCGUUUCGGAAGACACCAUCACGCGAUGACGCGGCCCGGGGGGGAGGUGAUCCUGUGCGCUGGGGCGCUGGGAAGCCCCCAGCUGCUGCUGCUAAGCGGGGUGGGCCCUCGGGCCUACCUCUCCUCGUGGGGAAUCCCCGUGGCCCUCCACCACCCCAACGUGGGCAACUACCUCUACGACAAUCCUCGCAACGGCAUCUCUAUCAUCCCCUCCGUCCCGCUCGACCACUCCCUUAUCCAGGUCGUGGGCAUCCCCGAGUCCGACGCCGCGGACAGCUCUUUCCUGGAGGCUGCCUCCAACGUCGUCCCUUUCUUCUCCCCCUCCCGCUCGGUCUUCCUCCAUGACCCGGCCUCCCCACUCUACGUCACAGUCGCCACACUCGUGGAGAAGGUCCCGGGGCCCUCCUCCGUGGGGUCCCUCCGCCUCGCCUCCCUCGACGUGCGGGACAACCCCCUCGUCCGCUUCAAUUACUUCUCCAGCCUGGAGGACCUGGCCCGGUGCGUGGCUGGGGUGCGGAGGCUCGGGGACGUUCUGGGGUCCCGCUCCAUGGAGGAAUUCCGCCUGGCGGGAUGGUGGGGGAGGCGGGAGUUCAGGUACGUGGGCCCUGCCCUGCCGGCGAACCGCUCCGACGAUGCGGCGCUGGCCGAGUUCUGCCGGCGGACGGUGGCCACGAUUUGGCACUACCACGGGGGUUGCGUCGUGGGGAAGGUGAUUGACGGGGAGUACCGGGUGAUGGGGGUCGGUUCCCUCCGGGUGGUGGACGGCUCCACCUUCUCCGUCUCCCCCGGUACCAACCCCCAGGCCACCCUCAUGAUGAUGGGCCGGUACAUGGGGCGCAAGAUGAUCGAAGAGAGGAGAAGUAGGAGCAGGAGGAGGAAAGCAUCACCGUUGGCGCCUCAUGCCUGAAAAGUGCCAGUCUCAACCGUGUGCGGGUCUCUGCUGCCUGUUGUAUUGUAUUCUUUGACUCCCCGUUUUUGCCGUGUUGUACCCUGCUCUCGGUCUUUCUCUUCCCCUCCCGAUACAGAAGAAUCCUCCUUGGAUUCCAUUCAGGUGUUUGUUUUUCAUCAAAUUUUUAUUUUAAUA